CAAAUGACAAGGCUUUAUGUUUUGGCGCUUGGUGGUUAACUGCUUCGCGCUCUAGCUCUUGCUUCGUUCCCAUUUUCCAGUGCAGAGAUUUCCCAACAAUUGGAAUCCAGCAAGAAAGAUCCAAUCUUCAUAACAAGUUUGUGGAGAAAGUUACAAGCUUUCCUCACUUGACUAAAGGAAAAUGCGAGCUUCUUUGUGCAAGAUUCUCGCCUCUUCUUUUGUUGUUCGUUUCAUCUAGGUCUGCGUCAUACUCCUUGUGCUCCUUCGACCUUUUUCCUUUUUGUCCUGAACAGCUUAUCCAAGAGGUUUAACAAGUUUUCUGGGAACAUAUGCUUAAGUUGGAUCUAAGGGAGAGAAAAUUUUGACUAUGGGGGAUCACUUCGUCUUGCUUGUAGAUAGGUUGAUUACUGAGUCCACACUAGAAGCUGCUCUGGAAAGCCAAAAACGGUCAAUGGAGGUGGCAUCCUCUGCUGUGAAAGAUACAGAGGUUGACGUCUCUGUAGUGAAUAUGGAUAUUGGAGACAUGAGAUCUCAGGGGAAAUUGGUACAGUGCAGGAUAUGCCAUGAUGAGGAUGAAUUCUCCACAAUGGAGACACCUUGUUUGUGUUCUGGUAGUUUGAAGUAUGCCCAUCGACAAUGCAUACAGCGGUGGUGUAAUGAGAAAGGAGACAUCACAUGUGAGAUAUGCCUCCAGCAAUUUAAACCCGGUUACACUGCUCCCCCUCCACUGUUUCGAUUAGGGCGUCUUCGAAUGAAUUUCAGCAGGAGAAAUUGGGAAAUAUCAAGAAGAGACUUGCAAUUGCAUAAUGCUACUCAAAUUGUUCGUGUUGUCUCGCCUGACCAGAAUCUUGCCGAUUUUACCUGUGAUCAGUGUUCAGCAUCUGCUAUCUUUUGUUCAAUUUCAAUCUUUAUCUUGAUUAUACUGAUACUGAAACAUGCUCUCUCGCUACUUGAAAUGAUUGGAAGUGUGGAAUAUUCCUUGCCAAUCUAUAUGUUAUUGCUUGCACGGAUUCUGGGUGUGACUUUGUCUAUUUAUGUCAUGCGGAGAACUGUGAACUUUGUGCAGCAGCAGCGGCAACAACGACUAGUGGAACCUCGUACUGCAUCUGGUAGUCAAUACAGCAACCAGAAUGACCAACAGGCUUUGCAACGUCAGCCACAAGUCGCUCCUGUAUAGUUCUUUUAUUUUUUUGCCCCAGAAAUAAAGCAUAGUGUUUGUGGCAGAUGCAGUAAAUGUUAAUCUGUUUUUGAGAUUCAAUUCAGAUAGAUCAGUUUCCCAAUUA